AGCGAACCUUGUAAACAUGACUGGUAGAGGAAAAGGAGGAAAAGGUCUAGGAAAAGGAGGCGCCAAGCGUCAUCGUAAGAUCCUUCGGGAUAACAUCCAAGGAAUCACCAAGCCCGCCAUCCGUCGUCUUGCUCGCCGUGGUGGAGUCAAGCGAAUCUCUGGCCUGAUCUAYGAAGAGACCCGAGGUGUACUCAAAGUCUUCCUUGARAAYGUGAUCCGUGAUGCUGUGACCUACACCGAGCAYGCCAAGAGAAAAACCGUCACUGCCAUGGACGUGGUGUACGCUCUGAAACGCCAAGGACGUACUCUGUAYGGUUUUGGUGGUUAAAUAAUCACUAACAAACAACGGCUCCUUUAGGAGCCACCAAAUGCUUCUAAAGUCAAUGAUUUUCAAAUGCUUCUUGUAAGACAAUGUUAUGAUUUAUGAUAAAUAUUUUAGUCCAGUUGGUAUUAAAG